AUGUCAGUUGGAAUACAGGGCUACCGUGCAUCUCUAAACGAAUUGAAAAAUUUCAAAGGAGGUGUUCAAAACCCACUAUUCCCACUCAUCCAGGACGUCAAUGCAAUUCCCCGACCCCAGGGGGGCAUUAAUUAUCUCCAGGGAGGAACACAGGGCCACAGCGAUGUCCCCUUGGAUGAUGCGGCACAAUCUCACCUCAGGGAGGACGGUAUGGGAUUCAUGGGAGGUGCGCAUAUUCUUCAUAGAAAUUCAACUUUGCCCAGUGUAACGUUGGAGAGAAAGGAAUUCAAAAAGCAAACUCCGAGCAUGGAGGACACAACGAAGCAAGAUGCUCCGGGUGUACACCCGUUGAGCAGAAUCCGAAAGGGAUUACUGGAUCAACUAGUGCUCGAAGGUAUUUUUCGAAGUCCUAUCUCUCGAAGGUUGAGGGACUGA